AUGGCUAGCAAUUUCCCCGACCAAAACCGGCGCUCGAGUGCUGGAGCCUACAAUACACCACAAGCACACGCUGAGAUCAACAAUGGCAAGGGACUACCGACAUCUGGUGAAUACCCCAACAACGAUGUUGUAGAUGGCUCGGCUCAAUCGCCACCACAGUCAAAGCGAUGCGACCGAGGCACCUACAAUGUCCCCCAAGACUAUAGCGAUCUGAACGAAACAAGAUCUGUUCCUGCGCUCGAGACUCUGUCGCUAGAAUCGACUCAUGAGCAAUCAAGAAGGCAAAGCAACGCAGUCCGCCAUGGACCCAGAGACCAAGAAUCGGAGUCUCUAUCCCGAGAGACAGAGCCGAAAAAGACAUCAAAGCUGCUCACUGGACUAUAUACGCACUCAUAUCUUGUGCUCUUCGCCAUCCUCGGAACGUUGGCACGGUUAGGGUUGACAGCGCUAACGCGCUACAGCGGCACUCCCGUUAUUUUCAACACCAUCUGGGCGAACUUUACUGGAAGUCUGGUUAUGGGAUUUCUUGCCGAAGACCGAAAGCUUUUUCUCAACGAGUGGGGGACUCCGACAUAUGACGAUGCUAUUAAGCGUACCAAACAGAAGCGCGGCGAAGGGGAGGUCGGGUCUGGCUCCAGUCAACAGAAGGAGGUCGACCUAGAGGCGGCGAAAAGGGCACAUUUAGCGACGAAGAAAACGAUUCCUCUUUACAUCGGACUUGCGACAGGCUUCUGCGGAAGCUUCACUACGUUUUCGAGUUUCGUCAGAGAUAUAUUCUUGGCAUUGUCCAACGAGUUGACGACGCCUGGGUGGCCAGAAUCACCAACACGUCGCAACGGAGGGUAUUCUUUUAUGGCCAUGUUAGCUGUUAUAAUCACCACGGUUUCGCUAUCAUUAUCUGGCUUAUUUGUGGGAAGCCAUCUGGCCGUCGGUCUCGAGCGCAUCACCCCUUCAGUCCCCUUUUCGCUCAGUCGGCGUGUAUUAGAUCCGCUGGGUGUGCUCCUUGGCUGGGGCUGCUGGCUUGGGGCCAUAUUGCUCGCUAUCUUCCCACCUCACGAAGCCUGGCGAGGUCAAGCAAUCUUCGCACUGGUGUUUGCACCGCUCGGUUGUCUUCUACGUUUUUACCUGUCCCUUCACCUCAACGGGAAGAUGGCGACGUUCCCCGUCGGAACCUUCUCUGCCAAUGUGCUCGGUACGGCAGUGCUAGGUAUGGCGUGGGAUCUUGCCCAUGUGCCCUUGGGUGGAAUUAUUGGUUGCCAGGUGCUGCAGGGUAUCGAAGAUGGGUUCUGCGGGUGUUUGACGACCAUUUCAACGUGGGUGUCUGAGCUCGCUGGCCUACGACGACGGAGUUCGUGGGUUUAUGGCACCACGAGUAUUGUUGUCUCACUGGCCUUGAUGAUUGCGAUCAUGGGAGGUCUACAGUGGAGUGACGGUUAUAGCAAGCUUUUGUGCAAAGUUUAA